UAUUGUUCUGAGAGCAUUCGAGCAAACAUGUCUUGGAAACGGACUGUGCUUGUAGCGGUGCUGGCCGCGGCGGUGGUGGGAGCCAUAGUGGGGGUCGUGGUGUGGGCCGUGAUGAGGGAGGGAACCCCGGAGCCACCAGAACUGAGGGAGCUUGAUUGGUGGGAACACACAGUAAUAUACCAAAUCUACCCAAGAUCCUUCAAAGACAGCACUGGAGACGGCGUUGGAGACCUUCAAGGUAUCAUUAGCAAACUGGAGCAUCUGGUGGAUGCUGGCGUGGGUGCUCUCUGGAUGUCUCCUAUCUUCAAGUCUCCGAUGUAUGACUUUGGAUACGAUAUCAGCGACUUUUACGAUAUACAAGAGGAGUACGGAACCAUGGCAGACUUUGACGAACUGGUUCGAAAAGCACAUGAACUUGGACUUAAAGUAUUGUUGGACUACGUACCCAACCAUGCUAGUACAUAUUCGGACUACUUUAUAAAGUCGGAAAACAGAGAGCCAGGAUAUGAAGACUACUUCGUCUGGGCCGAUCCAGUCAUGGUCGAUGGUAAACCUGACGUGCCCUCGAACUGGAUAAGUCAAUUUGGCGGGUCUGUCUGGGAGUUUAGCGAAAAACGCCAGCAAUUCUACCUCCAUCAAUUUGCAAUUCAACAAGCUGACUUCAACUUCCGCGAGCAGGCAGUCAAAGAUGAAAUGAUCAAGAUCAUGUUAUUCUGGAUUGAGAGAGGAGCUGACGGCUUCAGGGUAGACGCCAUUCCUCACUUGUUCGAAACAGCUCCCGAUGAAAAUGGAGUCUGGCCAGACGAACCUUUGUCUGGCAAUAUGUUCUUGUCACCUAAUCAGACUGGAUACACCACGCAGAUCCACGUGAGGGAUCUCAUAGAAUUGUACGAUGUUGUAUACGAUUGGAGAGAAGCAGUUGAUAACUGGGCAAAGAACAACGGUUCCGAGACCAAAGUACUUCUAGCGGAGGCGUAUGCUAACAUAAGUAUGACCAUGUUGUACUAUGGAGAUGAGAAUGGAAGGAUCGGCGCUCAUUUCCCCUUCAACUUUGACUUCAUCACAACGUUGUCUGCUGAGUCGAGUGCCAGAGACUUCGCCUACGUCAUUAGGCACUGGCUCACGUACAUGCCAAAGGGGCAAGUGCCGAACUGGGUGUUCGGAAACCACGACCAGAGCCGAAUGCCGUCUAGAUUCAGAGGCAACAUGGUGGAUGGAUUGAACGGUCUGAACAUGUUACUCCCUGGAGUAGCCAUCACGUACCAGGGCGAGGAGAUCGGUAUGAAGGACGGCUUCGUUAGCUGGGCGGACACCGUUGAUGUGGCAGCCCUGAACCAGGGCAAUGAAAGUAACUACUUGGAGUUCUCCAGGGACCCUUGCAGAACACCUUACCACUGGGAUAACACUACUAAUGCUGGAUUCUCAACGGCUGAAAGAACUUGGCUGCCGGUGGCCGAAGAUUACAUGGAAAUCAAUCUUCAGGCACAGAAAGACGCGGAUGUUAGUCAUUACAAGGUAUAUCAAUCACUGACGAAACUUCGUAAGGAGAAGACCCUCUCCCACGGAGCAUACGACGUGCAGGCGCUGAGCUUGAACACGCUGCUCUUGGUCCGGCACCUGAGGACCUACGACACGUAUGCCCUGCUGUUCAACGUGGGCUCAGUCAGCGACACAGUCAGCCUCAGUAACGUAGAGCUGCUCUCAGAACCCCUGACUGUGUACGUCUCCAGUGUGCACAGCACCAGAACUCCUGGGUCAACGGUUUCUUCGGACAGCAUCACCCUGCUGCCUGGAGAAGCCCUGGUACUUCGAGCUCCACCCUCGUGAUCCUACUUCCUAGAAUAUCUAGUUACUAGGACCUACAUAUGUACCUAAGCAAAAUCAUGUUUUGUUAUAGUAAUGAAUUCUAAAUUUUAUAAUUUUGUUUUUAAGUUGAAAAUCAAUUGAAGAUGUUUGUAGUAGGUUAUUAUGCAAUUGUAUAUUGUACAAGUCUUGUGGUGCUAUUGUCACCUUGUCAGUAUUUGUCUUCUCUUUAUACGUGUGUGUAUAUGUAUUGUAUUAUUAAACUAAUUCAUAGAAAUAAAUAAAGAUGGCGUAGCUAUUA